CCACGCUGGAAAGUGCCCGCUCCUGCCCGCACUCGCACCGCCCGGCUCCCCCCGAGCAGCCGCUCCUGCGGCAUUAAACAUUGAUGCUGCCCGGCUCUCCCGGCAGCUCGUCGCGGGCGGCAGCGGGGCCGGUGUCUCUCUCCGAGCAGCCGGGCCGGGGUCUCCGAGCGGCUCCGCAGCAGCUCCGGGAGCACCGAGGCUGCCAUGGGUGACCCGGGGGCCGGGCCCGCUGCACCCACCCCCCUGGAGGAGAUCGCCAGCAGGAUCUCUGACCUGAGCAAAUGGAGAGAAAUCUUUAGUUUCCGUGGCUUGGAGAUCAACAGCACGACUCAUCAGGUAACUCCUCUUCCAAAGCAAGGACGGAGCAGCGCUGGCCAGGCACCGCCCGGAGCUGGGGAGUGCCCCGGGCCACAGCCCCCCUCCACCGUCCCCCAGCCCCUGCUGCUCCCCCAGGGCACGGGCGGCCGCCCCAUCUCCCCGGACACGGCAAUGAGGCUGCAGGAGCUGCUCUUCAGGAACACGGCCCCCAUUUUCAGCUGUGAGUGGGCAGCAGCACACUUCAGGUUCCACCAGCCACACUCCGAUCUGGCCUACGCGCUGCAGGCAGGAAAGGGAGGAACGAGAGCCAUUCUGGCUGCUGUACAAGCACACAUCAUCACAUACCUGCUCUUCACAAGAGACACAGAAUGUACUCACCUGCAAAGGCUGUGCCGGGUCGGGCAGUGGGAGCAGGGGCAGGCACUGGCCACGGCCCUGGCAGAGACCCUGUGGGCAGCAGGAGGAGGUGGCAGAGCUGUCGUGUGCCUCUUCACUGCCCCUAUCACCACGAUGCCACGUGAAGGCUACAGAGCCAACAGCUUCACAGAGAGAAUCCGGCUGUUCGAGUUCUCGGAGAAAGCUGCUGCUCAGGGGUUCAUCUCUGAUCACAUAAACUGUUUCAAAGGUGAAGGAAGCCAUGGAGUGAUCCUAUUUUUAUACAGUUUGCUUUUCUCUAGGACACUUGAAAGGGUCCAAGAGGAUUUGGGUGACACAGCUCCUCUGUUGAACAUCAGUUCUGGAAACAUCACCUGUACAGAGCCUGGCAUUCCCCUACUUGUGGCAGAGCUGGGAGCAGGCCAUCACCUGCAAGGGGCGUUGGCCCGUGUCCCCGGGGUGACCGGGCUGUUUCCCGCAGGCCGUGCUCAGCCUGCUCCUGACGGGCCGGGCGAGCCCGCGGCAGCUCGGCGGCCGCCGGGAGCCGGAGCCCGGCGCUGGGGGCCGGGAUGGCGAGGCGCCGAGGCAGCGGGGCCCCGUGGGCUUCCUGCGCUGGGAGCGGGCGCCGCCGGAGCGGCAGGUGAGCGGGGACAGCCCCGGGGCCAGCGGGACCCUCGGCACCGCCCGGGCUCCUGGCAAGCGUCCCCCGGCCAGGUGAGCCCCGCGCUGCGGACGCCCCGGCUGCCCGUGUGGCUGUGCAGCCUCUCGGGCAGGCACGGCGUGCUCUUCGGCACCGACAGACGGCUGCUCUGCGACUGGAAAUCCGAGAGAAUCUUCCACCUGUACUUCUACAGUGGGCAGCAGGAGCAGACCCAAACUGCCCACCUGACCAUAGACACUCAUUCACAUCACUGGGAAGAGGCUCAAAGAGAAGGCCCCUGCAGCCCAGGGAAGAGGCGCCCAGCCCUGGAGAUGGCAAUCAGGACCAAGUGGGCAGGUGCGACCGUCAGCUGGAACGGGACCGACCCCUUCUUCUGAGCAGUGAGCAGGAGGGACCUGCUCCUGAAGGGCACUGGCAUCUCCCACUCACCACCAGCUGCACUGGUCACUGCAGUCUGGAGGACAAAAAGCUCUCUCCCCAAUCAAACAGCCCUUAGUGCAUUGAAGGGACACCCUGUCCAUAAGGCAUCACACCCACUGCAAAAGCAUGCACUGCAGGAACAGCGACCUGCAACCCUGUCCCACUGCAUGCCUUUUCCAGGUGGUAGGAUGCAGGCUCUCCUGCUCCCCACGGCA